CCUCAAAUAUGUUCCAUAUGAUGUUAAAUAAUCAACGGCCAACCAGGGAUGAACUUUAUUGGACUGGCUCUUCCUACUUCCAACAGUCGUUUACACACCAUUGCGCAAGGAAGGAGCUUUAUCAAUUUAUGUCUCUUGGUAUUUCCAAAAGCCAGUCGCCGACUAUUGUGCAAGGAAGAAGCUUUAUUGAAUUGUAUCUCUAUUUCUCCAGCAGUCACGAAGUUUGCCCUUUACAUGUUUUUAUAAGAGCUGUGAUUGCAUCCUCCCAACUCAUUAACCAACUAAAGAGGUUUAUAUGUGCAGAGAUGGGCUAUAUAUAUUGAACAAGGCAACACGGUUUUGUUAUUCAGCUUGUUGAUUUUUGGUAUGCUGAAUUUGUCGAGUACGAUUAGAACCUGUGGAAGGUGAAAUCUAGGCCACUAGUGCCGACCAUUGCACAAACUAUGGCUGCUCUCCCCCGUGUAACUGUGCAUGAACAUGCAUGCUCAUCUUUUAUGCCCACGCACUAUCUCACAACCUAUAAGAUCCCACGCACCCAAUUGCAUAUCCAAAGAAUAAAAUCCCAUUUCAAUGUUAAAGCAGAUGCAAGAAUCUCGCCUAUCCACUUGACAGAAACAGAAAGACCGCACAAAUUCUCCCCAUUUACAUUUGCUCAGGGCUUGCCUUCACCCCCUACCAGUGAAGAGCAUGAACACGAACACGACAUUACCUUGAAGCUGCCUCACCUGCAUCAAAUGCUACAGCUACUUAGAGAAAAACAGGGCAGUAGCAAUGAAGAGGGAAGAGAGAGAAGAGGAGAGGGAGGCCUGGGAAAUGUUUAUCUGGUGGGAACAGGGCCUGGAGACCCCGAGCUGGUGACAUUAAAAGCAUUAAGAGUCAUGCAGACGGCUGAUCUUGUUCUCUAUGACCGCCUUGUCUCCACAGACAUAUUGGACAUGGUCCACUCUGGAGCCACAUUGCUAUAUGUUGGAAAGACUGCUGGUUACCAUAGUCGGACUCAGGAUGAGAUUCAUCAACUCCUGCUUAGUUUCGCCCAGGCUGGAGCAACUGUUGUCAGGCUUAAAGGCGGGGACCCCCUGGUGUUUGGCAGAGGUGGGGAAGAAAUGGACUUUCUCCAACAGCAAGGGAUUGAAGUCAAAGUUGUACCAGGAAUCACUGCUGCGUCAGGUAUUGCAGCAGAAUUGGGAAUACCACUGACACACCGGGGUGUUGCAAACAAUGUUAGGUUUCUCACUGGACACUCUAAGAAGGGAGGAACAGACCCUCUAUUUGUAGUUAAGCAUGCAGCCGAUCCUGAAUCAACACUAGUAAUCUACAUGGGUCUAGCGACUCUUCCAGCUCUUGCAGAAAAACUAAUUUCAUGUGGAUUGACUCCUGAAACUCCAACAGUUGCUGUUGAGCGUGGAACUACUUCUCAACAAAGAAUGGUUUUUGCUGAACUUCAGAACUUGCCUGAUGAAGUAAUUGACGGUCAUCUAGUCUCACCUACUCUGAUCAUAAUUGGCAAAGUAGUAGCACUUUCAUCAUAUUGGCCAACAAAUUCUAGCAAAAGGAAAAAGCCACAGAAUGUAGGCACAUCAGAAGUUUAUGAAGUAGUAUGAGUGCAAAAAAGAGCAGGUUUGAUUGGUAGAAGCUAUUUCUCCGUACUUUCACCAGGCUUAUGCCAUUUUAGUGCAGUGUAAUUUCUUGUGUCAAUAUGGCCUCAUUUCUUUGGCUUUAGGUUUCAUUGUACCUCUGGGCCUCCUUGUUGGCCUUUGAUUUCAGUGUAUCAGGCCUCCUUUUGGCAUAAGAUUUCAUUGUUAGGGCCUCAUUUUCUUAGCCUUCCAUUUCAUUGAAUUGGUUCGGUGCCACUCUUCAGUUUGUGAUUGCAGCAAAAUUUUGAUGCAGAGUCAAAGCCGGAAAUAGUUAGGGCUAUAUUCUUCCAGUGGUUUCACAUCCAAGGUUCAAGGUUCUCUCAAGAUCCUCGCUUGACUGAUAUAGAUGGAGGUGAUCAGAUCUGUACCUGCUGGUAUGGAGUUUAAGUAUGCACUACUGACCAACAUGACUGCAGAGAAAAUGGUAUCAAGAUUAAGGUGCACUCCAUUCAUUUUCAGUUACAAUCUUGUCCUUUUGUAAUGCACAAGGGAGAAGAUGAUUGUAGGUUUGAGCUGAUGUCAAAGCAUGCUUUGGGCUGAUUAUUAUUGAAAGCAUAAUGACCCAAAACUAGAGACGAAGCUCAGUAAAUUAUGUAAAACACUACCUAUUAAGGAAUUCAUUGUAGAAAUUCAAAAGUUUCAAUA